ACAUCCACUGCUGUUCUCGUCACGGCUGGUCGCCAUAUUAAACCUGACGGCAUCAGCGACGCUCCGCGGUAGGAAUCGCGAGGGGCCCCUCUCCCAAACAAAUCCCGAUUUACACCUUCAUUUCUAUUAUUUACCACGGGAAUCAUUUAUGCAUCGGACUGAAUAAGCCAGUCUGUUCUCAGACAGGAGUUGUCUGGGAAGGAGGUUUAGUUUUAGUGUGUCUGAGAGAUGAGUACUUUGACCCAGCGGAGCUCCGGCCUGGUGCAAAGACGCACCGAGGCAUCGCGCAGCGCUGCAGCCGCCGACAGAGACCGCGGAUCCGGCGACGAGGACUACGAGCCCCGCCGCGGAGACGAGCAGGACGACGAUGACAGCGGUGAUUCGAAGGAAACCAGACUGACCCUGAUGGAAGAAGUACUGCUGCUGGGCUUGAAAGACCGCGAGGGCUACACCUCCUUCUGGAAUGACUGCAUUUCAUCAGGCCUGCGGGGCUGCAUGCUCAUUGAGCUGGCCUUACGGGGAAGACUGCAGCUGGAGGCCUGUGGCAUGAGGAGGAAAAGCCUACUUGCCCGGAAGGUUAUAUGUAAGUCUGAUGCGCCAACGGGGGAUGUGCUGUUGGAUGAGGCUCUGAAACACAUAAAAGACACUCAACCGCCCGAAACCGUGCAGAGCUGGAUAGAGUUACUCAGUGGUGAGACAUGGAACCCAUUGAAGCUUCACUAUCAGCUGCGUAAUGUCCGAGAGCGCCUGGCUAAGAACCUCGUAGAGAAGGGCGUCCUCACUACCGAAAAACAAAACUUUCUUCUGUUCGACAUGACUACACACCCGCUUACCAAUAAUAAUAUUAAGCAGCGCCUUAUUAAGAAGGUGCAGGAGGCCGUGCUGGACAAGUGGGUGAACGACCCUCACCGAAUGGACAAGCGUCUUCUGGCCCUUAUAUUCCUCGCCCAUUCCUCCGACGUACUAGAGAACGCGUUCGCCCCGCUGCUGGAUGACCAGUACGAUCUGGCCAUGAAGAGAGUACGGCAACUGCUGGACCUGGAGCCUGAGGGCGAGAGCAUGAAGAAUAACACCAAUGAGCUGCUGUGGGCUGUGGUGGCUGCCUUCACCAAAUGAAGCAGGUUCAGUUCUAAUGGACGUGUGUUUAAAUGUAAAACGGUCGGACUGGUAAAAUCAGCUUUGAGAAUUGACCUGGUGUGUCAAAAUGGAGUCUCUGUUUUUUUUCCUUGUAGAUAUUCCUUCCUCACUACUCUCUCGAAAAGAUCUAUGAUUGGGUUUCUCUUUUGUUUAAUAAGGGGACCAGUUUAUUUUGUCCUUCCUGAAUCGUUUAUUCAGUUGAAUGCAGUUGGGUACCUUGUAACUAUAGACUGUUGGAACAUUUACCAUUUGCAUUGCCACAGAAAAUGGCUUCUUUUCAUGACUAAACAUCUGUGUUGGGUACCUAAUAAAUUUUACAAUCAGAAAAUUAGGCAAGGAUUAAUUUUUUUUCUAUUGUUUUGUCAUCAGUUUCAUGCAUUUAAUUGGAAUUGAUUCAUCUGCAUGUGGUACAUGAAAAAUAAAGUUCCCUGCAGUGUACCAUAAUUUUUUAAAACUUGUUUUCAUACUAAUAGUGGAGCUUGGAAAAAAACCAAAAAGGUUAUCAAGGAUGAAAUCCUGUUGUGAUAACAGGUUAGUAGUUUGUGGCAAGUGCGUCACAUACACUACUGAAACAGAAGAAUCAAACAGCAUUUUAAUUGCUAGUCAAUGCAAAUUUAACGAAGGGUAACAAAGUUAAAGCUGUUAGAGGACCUGUCUAAUAUUUACUGGGUGUAUGAGCAAUUUCUGUUUUGUUUUUUGUUUUUGUUUGUUUGUUUGUUUGUUUGUUUGUUUGUUUUAACCGCUAAUUACCAUUACCUCCGAUUCUAUCCAUAAACACCCCACACCUUCACACUCUACCUCUUCACACAUUUAUAGUGGUGAUUCCUUAUGAGAAUUCUGGUGUUACUUAGAGCAGAGGUCGCGUUAACCUAAAAUUGUCUGUCAAUGACGGAUUUUUUUUUGUUUGUUUGUUUUGUUUUAAUUAUCUAAUCUUUAGGCCGUCCGUCACUUUGACAACUUACACCGUGUCUACACUGGACGCGACAGUUGUCGCGCCGCAACAGAUAAAGGGGCCGUUCACAUAUCGCGUCUUUUGCACGCUCAAGUUCGCUAUUUCAAAUGUAGACGCGCGGCAGGCGCGCGCAUCGAGUUGAAAAAAUUUCAACUUUUCAGAAUGUGCAAUCUACAGAAAAAUCGGCGCGCCUAGCGUUUUUAGGCGCGAUAUGUGAACGGCCCCUAUGGCGUCCUUUGCGCGCUCAAGUUCGCUAUUUCAAAUGUAGACGCGCGGCAGCCGCGCUCAUAACGGAAGCGACGCGGUGCGACGCACUCGGUUUUUUUCAGGCGCGACCACGCCGCAUCGAGUUGAAAAAAAUCUCAGCUUUUCAGAAUGCCGCAAGCACACCGCGGGUCAUGCAUACAGAGCGCUUGGGAAAGCAGGAAAAAUCGGCGCGCCUAGCGUUUUCACGCGUUUUUAGGCGCGAUAUGUGAACGGCCCCUAUGGCGUCUUUUGCGCGCUCAAGUUCGCCAUUUCAAAUGUAGACGCGCGGCAGCCGCACUCAUAACGGAAGCGACGCGGUCGCGACGCGGUCGCGACGCGCUUGUUUAUUCCAGGCUCGUCCGCGCCGCGUCGAGAUAAAAACAUCUCAACCUUUCCAGAAUGCCGCAAGCGCACCGCGGAUCAUGUGACAAGAACCAACCAAUUAGCUUAAUCUUUUCCCGUAACAGCAUUGUAACACAAAAGUAACACAAAUUGCGAUUUGUACUUGUAUUUGUCACUAUGCACUGUUCAUUCAUCAACUGAAAACAGCAUUAACCAAAAGAACAAUUGGGAUUUAUGAAUGAUAUUGACUCAUAAAAAUGAGGAUAUAUUAAAAUCGCUGUAGCUACGGGUGUGGUAUGGAACAUGAAAAAUUACGCAGUCUCAUCUGUUCUCUGAAAUAAUUGCAUACGCGUAUAUCGCGCUGUAGGUUCAUAAUUAAAUAAUUAAAUGUGUUGUUAUAAUUAAAACAUGAAAAUUAAAAGGACGGGUAAUAAUAGAUUAUGACGGAUUUUUACGACCCUGUCCGUCAAAAUGACGAACAAUGUUAAAGUCUAACGCAACCUCUGUUGAGAUUAUUUUAAAAUGUCAUUUUAUGUGCCUGAGAUUGGUUACAGAUGCAUAGCUCUCAAGGUGCAGUAUGUACUGUAGCUCUUUGUGAUGUGGCAUUAAUGGAGCUAGAUUCAGAAAUUGGUUGUAACUCGGUUCCUCUGAGGCCUCAGACCCCUUGAAUACAACUACCAGAAACUAAAUUUGAGGACGACAAGAGUUUAAUUCUAAGAAAUCGAUGUCCAACCUGAAAAUAUGCGUAUGUGUGGCAUAUAGCUUCACUUUCUUUAGAUGUUUUUUCCACUGAUAAAUACAAGUUUGCAAAAGUCUUUAAGAUUUUAAGGGACGUUUUAUGGAGUUUUGAAUGCCGUAAGAUUUCCAUUUCAUGUGCUCUCACCUUUAAACAAGCAUGGGAUUAAAUCAUAAUCUUCAAAAAUGUGACUUUUAUAUGUAAGAGCAGAUUCCUCCAUUUUCUCGAGUCAGUAUAUUUUUGAUAGAAAUUUAUUAUCAUUAGCUGAUUGGCGAUAGUAUGGUAGGAUGGAUUGGCAUUUUGUCACAAUCUAGUUUAAUCUGUAUAUAGUUUCUUAUGUAUUCAUGCUGCAUACCAUAUGAGCAAAACUCUGUCUCAGUCUUUAUUUUGCCUGGCAUGUGAACACUAGCACAAGCAUGUCUUAAUUUUGUUUUUUUUACACUAUGAUGAUGUGUUGAGAAGGCCUUUGUUGAGUCAUCAUAUUUCAAUGUUUGUUUAUUGUCAUUCUGUUGAUUUUUAUUCAGUUUCAUAGCAAUAAUUGAAAAAUCAACAUGCUUUUGUUUUGCUCUUCAUUUCUUUCACAGUGAUGGCAAAUGCUUGCUUCACAAUAGUUAACUGUAUGUAGCGAUGGUCUGGGAAAUCCACCAAUUGUUUAGAUGCGUCGACUUAAGACAUGGGGGAUUUUUGAAUUGUCAGAAAGAAGUGUCUCAGAGUAAAAGAAAAUUUAAAUCGUGUGUAGCUUUAGAAUUCACUAUAAAGGGACCCCAAUGUAUAUACUUUCUUAUUAUCAUGAAAUAAACUAUGGUCUUGAAAGUGCCUCAAACAUCAUCUGUUAUUUAUUGUUUGAAAAAGCAAGUGAUGCUUUUUUUGUUGAACUACUUUUCUUUUUAUUGCUUGCAUAUCUGAGACAAAUUAAGACAAAUGUAAAAAUUGAACUCAUCUACAUACUAUAAGUAUGAUUUUUGUACUAAAACAAUUAUUUGUCUUUUUAGAAGACGUGAGAUUGAUGGAAAUUAUUUUGUUUAGUCUGACAUGGAGUGUUCACACUAAAAGCGAAUGUAAUUAUUCAUCUGAGUAGAUUACAUACAAAGUCACGUGAAUAUAGACAGAAAUUCAUGGCAGGCAAUGCGAAUGAUGCGAUUUGGGCAAUGCAAUUGCCACAAACGUGAAAAUUCACGAUUCAUUGUCAUUACACUCAGUCAGUGAAAAGCUUAUUGAUACGUCCAGUUGUAUCAGAAAUUGUCUUUUUUUAUUAUUGUUUUAUGUUUUUAUUUAUGACCCUGGACCACAAAAAUAGUCAUAAGUAACAUGGGUAUUUGUAGCCAUAGCCAACAAUACAUUGUAUGGGUCAAAAUUAUCCAUUUUUCUUUUAUGCCAAAAAUCAAUAGAAUAUUAAGUAAAGAUAAUGUUCCAUGAAGAUGUUUUGUACACUUCGUACCAUAAAUAUAUCAAAACUUAAUUUUUGAUUAGUAAUAUGCAUUGAUAAGAACUUAAUUUGGGCGACUUUAAAGGCAAUUUUCUCAAUAUUUAGAUUUUUUCUGCACCCUCAGAUUCCAGAUUUUCAAAUAGUUGUAUCUCGGCUAAAUAUUGUCCUAUCCUUACAAACAUCAAAGGAAAGCUUAUUUAUUCAGCUUUCAGGUGAUGUAUAAAUCUCAAUUUCAUAAAAUUUACCAUUCUGACUGGUUUUGUGGUCCAGGGUCACAUUUGUGCAAGUUGCGCAAAAAACAUCCGGCUAGUAAACAAGAGCGAUUAAUGCCACACAAAUAUUUGCUUUGUGUUUGUUGUGUACAGACCAAAAUGUAAUUAUUUGACUCAACUACAUGCAAAGUCAAUGCUACAGUCAUGUGAAAAAGUUAGGACACCCUAUUGAAUUUCAUGGUUUUGUGUAUCAGGACAUAAUAAAAAAUGAUCUGGUCCUUGGCAGGUCUUAAAAUUUGGAAAAUAAAUCCUCAGAUAAACAUCA